GCAGGCGACUCCUGUCCCGAGUGGAGGCGGCGGAGCCGGAGCCCGGGGGAGGGGGCAGCGGCUGAUAGAAGGACCGCGGCGGUGCCCGCAGCUCCUCACCGCGGCACCCCCACUGCAGGCUCGAGGAGCUUUCCGGAGCUUCCCACACUUCUGGGGAGAAGACUUCUUAGCCAGCUUGAUGUUUAAAAUUCAGCUGGAGCCCUUAAAACUUCGAGCGUGGACGCUGAAUGGGUUUGUAAAGUUUCGAAACAAGGAGCCCAGCACUGGUCCAGUGGCUGUGAUGGGAAAAGAUUAUUACAAGAUUCUUGGAAUCCCAUCUGGGGCCAACGAGGAUGAGAUCAAGAAAGCCUAUCGGAAGAUGGCCUUGAAGUACCACCCGGACAAGAACAAAGAACCCAAUGCUGAGGAGAAGUUUAAGGAGAUUGCCGAGGCUUAUGAUGUGCUGAGUGACCCUAAGAAACGGAGCCUGUAUGACCAGUAUGGAGAGGAAGGCCUCAAGACCGGCGGUGGUACGUCAGGUGGCUCCAGUGGCGCCUUUCACUACACCUUUCAUGGGGACCCUCAUGCCACCUUUGCUUCCUUCUUUGGUGGCUCCAACCCCUUCGAUAUCUUCUUUGCCAGCAGCCGCUCCACUCGGCCCUUCAGUGGCUUUGAUCCAGAUGACAUGGAUGUGGAUGAAGAUGAGGACCCAUUUGGUGCCUUUGGCCGCUUUGGCUUCAAUGGGCUGAGUAGGGGUCCACGGCGAGCCCCAGAACCGCUGUACCCCCGACGCAAGGUACAGGACCCCCCUGUGGUGCAUGAGCUGCGGGUGUCCCUGGAGGAGAUCUACCAUGGCUCUACCAAACGCAUGAAGAUCACAAGGCGGCGCCUUAACCCUGAUGGGCGAACUGUGCGCACUGAGGACAAAAUCCUGCACAUCGUCAUCAAACGUGGCUGGAAGGAAGGUACCAAGAUCACCUUCCCCAAAGAAGGGGAUGCCACACCUGACAACAUCCCAGCCGACAUUGUCUUUGUGCUCAAAGACAAGCCUCAUGCACACUUCCGCCGAGAUGGCACCAAUGUGCUCUACAGUGCACUGAUCAGCCUCAAGGAGGCGCUGUGUGGCUGCACCGUGAACAUUCCCACCAUUGAUGGCCGAGUGAUCCCUUUACCCUGCAAUGAUGUUAUCAAGCCGGGCACCGUGAAGAGACUCCGCGGGGAGGGUCUUCCCUUCCCCAAGGUGCCCACUCAGAGGGGAGACCUCAUUGUUGAGUUCAAAGUUCGAUUCCCAGAUAGAUUAACACCACAGACACGGCAGAUCCUUAAGCAGCAUCUACCCUGCUCCUAGGCUCCGCCCUGGCCAGUCUGGAGCCUACCACAGCAAUACCCCCACACUCACCCCAACUCAUGUGGACCCAGCUGGAUGUCCACCGGACACUGGCAAAUGCAAAAAUGCAUUUCUAAAAUGCAAACAAAAAAAGAAAAAAGAAAAAAGAA